GCAGCUGAAGGGAUUCCAGUGCACUCCCCAGCUUCAGUCAGCCUGAGUCCCGGUUUCUCUGUAACAGCCUGCAUGCAUGGUUUGGUAUUGCUCAGACGUUAUGUGGUCUCUAUGGCCUCAUUUUGCUGGACUGCCCGAGAAAGGGAGGGAGGAUUUCCCCAGCACCAAAACCCCCCCAGUGUGUUCUCUUCAGCACAGUAGCUAAGAACAAGUUUCCUGAUUGCUCCCAGGUUUGCUCUGGAAUUAUUUUCAGGAAGAGGCAGUCCCCCUCUGCAACACACACACUUAAAUGGAUGAUUGUGUUACAAUCAGGAAGAAGCAUCUCCAGAGACCCAUCUUUAGAUUACGAUGUUUAGUGAAGCAGCUGGAGAAAGGUGAUGUUAACGUGGUUGAUCUGAAGAAGAAUAUUGAAUAUGCAGCGUCUGUGUUGGAGGCAGUAUACAUUGAUGAAACAAGGAGGCUCUUGGAUACAGAGGAUGAACUGUCAGACAUCCAGUCAGAUUCAGUCCCGCUGGAAGUGCGGGAUUGGCUGGCUUCUACUUUCACGAGGAAAAUGGGGAUGAUGAAAAGGAGGCCGGAGGAAAAACCGAAAUUUCGAAGCAUCGUGCAUGCUGUACAAGCUGGGAUCUUUGUAGAAAGAAUGUAUCGAAGGACCUCCAGCAUGGUUGGUUUGGCUUAUCCUGCAGAAGUGAUAGCAACCUUUAAGGAUGUUGAUAAAUGGUCAUUUGAUGUUUUUGCUUUAAAUGAAGCGAGUGGAGGCCACAGCCUGAAAUUUAUGAUGUAUGAAUUGUUUACCAGAUAUGAUCUAUUGAGCCGUUUCAAGAUCCCUGUUCCAAGCCUGAUUUCAUUCGGGGAAGCUUUGGAAAUUGGCUACAGCAAAUACAGGAACCCUUACCACAACUUAACCCAUGCAGCCGACGUCACCCACACUGUGCACUGCAUCAUGCUUCUUACUGGCAUCAUGCACUGGCUCACUGAACUGGAAAUACUAGCAAUGAUCUUCGCGGCUGCAGUUCAUGACUAUGAGCAUACUGGGACUACAAACAACUUCCACAUUCAGACCAGGUCAGAGGUUGCAAUUUUGUACAACGAUCGCUCUGUUCUUGAAAACCACCAUGUAAGUGCUGCCUAUAAGAUUAUGCAAGAAGAAGAAAUGAAUAUCCUGGUGAACCUAACCAAAGACGAAUGGAGGGAGCUGCGCAAUUUAGUCAUUGAGAUGGUCUUAUCUACUGAUAUGUCGGGUCACUUCCAGCAGAUCAAAACAAUGAGACACACGCUUCAGCAGACAGAGGGGAUAGACAAAGCCAGAGCCAUGUCCCUGAUUUUACACGCAGCCGACAUAAGUCAUCCAUCAAAGACCUGGGAACUGCACUAUCGAUGGACAAAGGCAUUAAUGGAAGAAUUUUUUCGACAGGGAGACAAAGAGGCAGAACUGGGCCUCCCUUUUUCUCCUCUCUGUGACCGCAAAUCCACCAUGGUGGCGCAGUCUCAAAUAGGUUUCAUUGAUUUCAUCGUAAAGCCAACAUUUGCUCUUCUUACUGACUCCAUGGAGAAAAUAGUUUUUCCUCUCAUAGAGGAAGCUUCAAAAUCUGGAAGUCCUACCUUCAUGACAGCGCCAAGUGAGAACAGCACUGGAGGAACUGCUUCUGAUGUGCAGAAAAGGAUCAGCAUUAAGAACGCAGCCUGUGUCGGCGGCACCUGUUCGGAGAACACCUUAGCAACUGUGGACUUAAAAAGCUUCAAGGACACCUUGUUUCAGAUCAUCCAGGAGAACAAAGACAGGUGGAAAGAUCUGGCAGAAAAAGAAGGCGUUGUACGAAAAAUGGGUGUGCUGACAAAAGAGCCGCAGAAAGACCAGAGCAAACAUGCCCCAGACCCACAAUUAGAGGAGGGGGCUGCAGAGGCACCAAGUGGGAAAAAUCAGGGAAGCAGUGAUGAGACACCCUUGUCCAUAGACUUGUCCCGUCCAUCCGUAGCUCUUCGAGUGCCCUCUCUCAGUUCUGUGUCCAAAGCACCCAUCUCCGAGACUGCGCCAAAGCUCUCCUUGAGUGCCAAAGGAGCUGUGGACGUGCAGCAGGAAGCGCAACCCAGUGUCCCACUCAAUGGAGAGGGUAAACUCAGUGAGAGCUCGGAAGAGCCCCUGGCAGAGCCGAAGGCAGUCGUUCUGCGCAACUAGAUGUGCCGCAUCGCCCCAGUUCCUUCUGGUUCGAGAUGAGAGGAUGAAACCAAACAGCACGAAAGCAUCUUCCUUUUCCACGAGGCGGCUCCCUUCUCCGUCAAAUCAUCCUCAGACCAUCCUGUCUAUAUGUGCAGCGGGUGGAUACAAAUGUUGGCAUUAAGUACCACAAAGCCCUGAGCUGGUAACUCAAGGCACAUGAAGCAGCACUUGACCUUCGGAGUUGUGUUACCUCUUAUUCCGUUUUGUCCUCCCUAGCUGAAGUGGAGCGCAUUUUCUGCCGCCACCCCCCCCCCGCCUUCGCCGCCCUCCAUUAUAGACAACAAAUCCAAUCACUACCAUACGCGCUGCCUGUCAGAGACCUCUUGGAGGCCUGAUCUCCCUUGUGGGGCAGGAGAAGUACCUGCAGCCUCUUGCAGCCUUCUGUUUUGCAGCCCAGAUGCACAGUGGCAGGGAGCCACAGCUGUCCACACCGCGGCAGUUUGAACAAGCGGAUGUUUGUGGAGGAGCCCCACUGACAAAAGCCGAGCCCGGGAGUUGCAGAACGCCUCUGGAACGGGUCGUGAAGGCAUUGCUGACAUCGCGCCCUUUUGUAGUGGAAGUCUCACCCUGUUACUGAAUCUGCCAAUCCUUCUGAAGGAAGAACCACCACCAUUUGUUUCAAGCCAGUGAAAUGAUAGCAGGUCCGGCUGUACAGCAAGAUCCAAACGCUUCCCUUCCGUUGGGCUCUAGGAAGAAGCUGUAGCCUUUUGGCUAAGCAUGUGCUUUGCAUGCAGAAGAGCUCAGAUUUAAUCCUUGGCGGUUAAUCAAGACCUUCGGUGGUGGGGGCUGCGCAAGGUCUCCACCUGUCCUGGGGGUGUUCCCACUCAGAGGGGCUCGCAGCACUGCCCGGGCUUCCCUACCUGAGUUGUUGAUGGUGCACUUGCAUUCCCUCACUCACAGAAGUCUACAGGUCCUUUUUCGCACCCCAAGGCCUCUCCAUUGUGUUUUCUAGCCAUUUUUGCAGCUUCCCCCCUCCCCCUUUGAAGUGAGGGAAGUUAGUGGUUUUCCUGGAUGCCUGAUGCAUUUGCUGCAGAAGCCUAGCGUGACUUUGCAGUUCCACUCUGUGCCGCAGUGCCACCUUGUGUUGUACAAUGAAUGCAACUUACAGAAAGGCAGGGCAGAAAACCUCACGGGUGGGGGGAAGCUUCCUGGGAAAGAGGCUCUUGUCCUCCCACAGCCUUGGUGAAGCACCGGUUCAACACCCCACACAGAGUUGGAAGGCAUUGUGCAGUGGUUCCUUCUUCUGCUGCUCUUCUUUGAUAAGAAAAGAGCAGUGGAGGGAGAGCAUGGGAGACUUACGGGCAGAAGAGGAUGAAGCUGGGACCUUCUUAAAAUCCCAGGACUGAGGAAGGGCGAGGAUGCAGUGAAGCCUCCCCUGGAAGGCAUCCUUGGAGAGAUGCUGCCAUCGGAAUGAACAGUCCAGUCCAGCUAAACAGACCACUGGGUUGGCUCUGCAUGACUGCUUCUUCUCGUUCUUCAUGCUCCUGGGCAUGCCAUGGCAGUGUCUCACAUCUUCUAGAUGAAAGGCCUGCUGAUUAUUUGGGUGCAUGGCCUUAACUUGCUCAGAAGCUUAGGCUGCAGGGACUGUGGAGGAAGCGGUUCACUGCGGGUUUAUCCUUGUGCUGUGGGUGGUACUGAGGCUGCCGUGGUGUCAAAGGCAGUUCUGCACUGCUACCGUGUUUCCUCCUGCUCGGCUUCCCUGUUUGUGAGCAGGGUUUAUUCCACACUAUCAGGGAUGGCAUAAGAGAAUACCAAGAACUCGUAACUCACAUCUGUUGCCGUGAAAGCCAUAUAUGAGCUGCGCUUAUUUAAUCUGAGUUAUUUAAGACAAUUGUUUGAUGGGUGUAUUUUAAGAAUAUUUUCUGUGAAUAAGGGCCGAAGCUUGUAUUUAGCAUGGGCUUUCUGUACCGUGCAGUAA